GCCCCGGGGCCGGGCCACCCUCUCUCUCUCUCUCUCAGCUUAUGUCUGUGGCAAAGUUUCCCGUCCGCCUGUGUCUUCCCGAAGGCAGCUGUUGUAGGCCCAGGCUGCCGGGGCCUCAGAAGAGACGGCGGUAGUGGGGAGCACCACACAGAGAGAGAGGAGAGGGUAAGGGGAAGCGUGAGCCCGGGUACAUUUCUCCCGCAACCACCCCCCCCCGGGCUCCGUUCCUCACUCCGAGGAAUCCACACUGAGUCAGAAUCGGGGGGAGGAUUCACGUUCGCCCUCGAGAUGUCGUCGGCGGAUGACCUGAAGACGCGGCUGAAAAAGCUCGAAGCCAUGAUCCGGGACCCGAAGUCUCCGGUAAACGCGGAAUGUUUGCUGGAUGGCCUCAAUGCGCUGGUCCAGGAUUUGGACUUUCCUGCUCUAAGGAAGAACAAAAAUAUUGAAAAUUUCUUAAAUAGAUAUGACAAAGUAAUGGGCAAAGUUCGAGAAAUGCAAAUGAAAGCAGAGGACUAUGAGGUUGUGAAAGUGAUAGGACGAGGUGCAUUCGGUGAAGUUCAGCUGGUUCGACAUAAAGCAUCUCAAAAAGUAUAUGCAAUGAAACUGCUGAGCAAGUUUGAAAUGAUCAAGCGAUCUGAUUCAGCAUUUUUUUGGGAGGAAAGAGAUAUCAUGGCCUUUGCAAACAGUUCCUGGGUUGUCCAGCUAUUUUAUGCCUUUCAAGAUGACAGAUAUCUCUAUAUGGUAAUGGAGUAUAUGCCUGGUGGUGACCUUGUAAACCUCAUGAGCAAUUAUGAUGUGCCUGAAAGAUGGGCCAAGUUCUACACUGCUGAAGUCGUGCUCGCCUUGGAUGGCAUUCAUUCAAUGGGUUUUAUACACAGAGAUGUUAAGCCUGAUAAUAUGUUGUUAGACAAAUUUGGACAUUUAAAGUUGGCAGAUUUUGGUACUUGUAUGAAAAUGGAUUCGACUGGAAUGGUUCACUGUGACACUGCAGUUGGAACUCCUGAUUACAUAUCUCCUGAGGUACUAAAAUCACAGGGAGGGGAUGGUUAUUAUGGCCGGGAGUGCGACUGGUGGUCUGUGGGAGUUUUCCUGUAUGAAAUGCUAGUUGGUGAUACUCCAUUUUAUGCAGAUUCCCUUGUGGGGACAUACAGUAAAAUCAUGGAUCACAAAAAUUCGCUCAAUUUUCCAGAUGAUGUUGAAAUUUCAAAGCAUGCCAAAGACCUCAUCUGUGCCUUCUUGACUGACAGGGAGGUGCGGUUAGGAAGAAAUGGAGUGGAAGAAAUCAAGCGUCAUCCUUUCUUCAAAAAUGAUCAGUGGACAUGGGACAACAUACGUGAUGCUGCUGCCCCUGUAGUGCCUGAAUUGAGCAGUGACGUAGAUACGAGUAACUUUGAUGAUAUUGAGGAUGAUAAAGGAGAAGUGGAAACCUUUCCAACCCCAAAAGCCUUUGCUGGAAACCAGUUACCGUUUGUAGGAUUCACUUACUUCAGAGACAGCCAGUUGCUAAGUGACUCGCCUGCAUCGUACAAAGAGAAUGAACCUAAUUUACCCAGUAAAAUUGAGUCCGCAAAGCUACAGAAGAAGUUACAUCAACUUGAAGAACAAUUGAACAAUGAAAUGCAAGCCAAAGACGAAAUGGAACAAAAAUAUAGAACAUCAAGUAAUCGUCUUGAAAAAGUAUCCAAAGAUUUGGAAGAUGAGAUAACUUGUAGAAAAGAUGUAGAAUCAGCAUUAAGGCAGCUGGAACGGGAAAAGGCACUUCUUCAGCACAAGAAUGCAGAAUAUCACCGUAAAGCUGAAAUGGAAGCUGAUAAAAAGCGUGGCCUAGAAAAUGAAGUUAAUAGUCUGAAGGAUCAACUUGAAGAUCUAAAGAAAAGGAAUCAGAACUCUCAAAUUUCAAAUGAGAAAAUGGCUCAAUUACAGAGACAGCUGGAUGAAGCUAAUGCCUUACUGCGAACAGAAUCUGAGACAGCAGCAAGAUUACGAAAGAACCAAACAGAACUUUCAAAGCAAUUAGGACAGUUGGAAACUAACAACAGAGAGCUACAAGACAAAAAUGCUACAUUGGAUAAUACCAAACUCAAACUUGAAAAGGACUACAUAAGUUUACAAUCAGCACUAGAAGCUGAACGAAGAGACCGCACCCACGGUUCUGAGAUGAUCAGUGAUUUACAAGGGCGGAUUUUAUCGCUUGGAGAUGAAUUGCAAAGCAGUAAGAGCUCAGUGAGCAAAACGGAAAUGGAGAAAAGACAACUGCAAGAUAAACUGACUGAUUUAGAAAAGGAGAAGAAUAAUAUGGAAAUAGAUAUGACAUACAAGCAGAAAGUAUUACAGCAACGACUUGAACAGGAAGAAGCAGAACACAAAGCUACCAAGGCACGAUUAGCAGACAAAAAUAAGAUUUAUGAGUCAAUAGAAGAAGCAAAAUCAGAAGCCAUGAAAGAAAUGGAGAAGAAACUCCAGGAAGAGAGAAGUUCAAAGCAAAAAGUUGAAAACCGUUUGUUGGAAGCUGAAAAGCAGCGUUCAAUGUUGGACUGUGAUAUUAAACAAGCACAACAAAAGAUCGAAGAAUUGCUUAGGCAAAAGGAGAAAUUAACUGAAGAGGUUAAAAAUCUGUCACUGAAAAUAGAACAGGAGACGCAAAAACGUAGUUUAACUCAGAAUGACUUGAAGAUGCAGACACAACAAGUAAAUGCAUUGAAAAUGUCAGAGAAACAACUGAAGCAGGAGAUAAAUCACUUAUUGGAGACUAAAUUGAGCCUGGAAAAGCAGAUUGGAGAGCUGAGAAAAGAGCGCCAGGAUGCUGAUGGCCAGAUGAAAGAGCUUCAGGACCAGCUGGAAGCAGAACAGUAUUUUUCAACAUUGUACAAGACUCAAGUAAGAGAGCUGAAGGAAGAAUGUGAGGAGAAAAGCAAGCUUUGUAAAGAUUUGCAACAAAAAAUGCAGGAGCUGCAGGAUGAGAGAGAUUCUUUGGCAGCACAACUUGAGAUUACACUAACGAAGGCAGACUCUGAGCAGCUUGCACGUUCAAUUGCGGAAGAACAGUAUUCUGACCUAGAGAAAGAAAAAAUUAUGAAGGAGUUAGAAAUUAAAGAGAUGAUGGCAAGGCAUAAGCAGGAGCUGGCUGAAAAGGAUGCUACAAUUGCAUCUCUAGAGGAGACUAAUAGAAUGUUGACUGCAGAUGUAGCAAAUCUUGCAAAUGAGAAGGAGGAACUGAACAACAAAAUGAAGGAGCUUCAGGACCAGGUUCAGAAGCUGAAAGAAGAGGAUGCAAAUUUAGCAAGUAUAAAAUUUCAAUUUGACAAGCAGCUGCUGACUGAGAGGACUCUCAAAACCCAGGCUGUCAAUAAAUUAGCUGAGAUUAUGAAUCGAAAGGACAUGAAGAGAGACCAUGGCAGACGUGGAACUGACACUGAUGUUCGUAAAAAAGAAAAAGAAAAUCGAAAACUGCAAUUGGAGCUGAGGUCAGAGCGGGAAAAGCUGUCGCAAAUGAUGAUUAAAUACCAGAGAGAGCUGAAUGAAAUGCAAGCGCAAAUUGCAGAUGAAAGCCAGGUGAGAAUUGAGCUUCAGAUGGCACUGGAUAGCAAAGACAGUGAUAUUGAGCAACUUCGUUCUCAGCUGCAGUUAGUGCAGGUGGGACUUGACACUACUAGUAUUGGCAGUGGGCCAGGUGAUGCAGAAGCAGAUGAUGGAUUUCCUGUUCGUAUCACUCAGUCCCAUACAACGGAGUCCAUGUCUUUUAGCUACAAACGCUCUUCCACUUCUGUCACCCUUGCCACUAAGCCCUCUUAUUCUUACAUCCAUGGUUCUGAUUCUGAGUCUGAGUCAGACGAAGAUGCAGAGCCCUUUGUACGUACACAGUCUGAUCCUGGCUCUGAGCCUGAACUUGAACCUGAUUCCCCAGAAUCCCGAUUGGAGGGUUGGCUUUCCUUACCCAUGAGAAACAACACAAAGAAAUUCCUAUGGCGAAAGCAGUAUGUAGUUGUGAGCAGUAAGAAGAUUCUAUUUUAUGACAGUGAGCAGGACAAAGAAUUGUCUAAUCCUUCUAUGGUGUUGGAUAUAGACAAACUUUUCCAUGUUCGCCCAGUUACGCAGGGUGAUGUAUAUAGAGCAGAUGCCAAAGAGAUUCCUAGAAUAUUUCAAAUCCUAUAUGCUAAUGAGGGAGAGAGUCGAAAGGAGCAAGAGUUUCCAGUGGAACCACCUGCUUUGGGCGAGAAGUCAAGCUACAUUCCUCACAAAGGUCAUGAAUUUAUACCCACGCUAUACCAUUUCCCAACCAACUGUGAAGCCUGUACAAAGCCACUGUGGCAUAUGUUUAAACCUCCACCAGCUUUGGAGUGUCGUCGCUGCCAUAUCAAAUGUCACAAAGAUCAUAUGGAUAAAAAGGAGGACCUUAUAGCACCAUGUAAAGUGAAUUAUGAUGUUUCAUCUGCAAAAGAUCUGCUAUUAUUAGCCAAUUCAACAGAAGAACAGCAGAAAUGGGUGAGUCGACUGGUGAAAAAAAUUCCAAAGAAACCUCCUGCACAUGAUCCCAACUUCCAUAGAUCUUCACCGAGGUCCUCAAUGCGGGUUCCUCCUAAUCAAUCCAUGAGGAGGCCAAGUCGACAGCUGCCACCAACUAAGCCCAGAUUGCUUGAUAUGGCCUUUAAAGACUGGGACUGGCCGUUUGAUGAUGAUGAUGAUGAUGAUGUUUUUGAUUUUUGAAGAAGUUAUUUUACCUGAAGGGGCUAACUGUGUGCUGGGGAAUGCAGCAAUGUUCGAGAUUAUGGGUUUCCCUCAGCAGAAAAAAAAUAGACUGUGUAGUAUACUCUGACAUUCAAAUGAGUGCACAAAAUGCUGCAAUUUAUUUUAUAUGAAAGGAGCUAAACAUGACUGUCUACAGAUCAAAAGUUUCACAAUAGUUUACAGCACUUUGCAGCAAUGUAAAAUUCUAAACCUGGGAACAGUAUUGGUGUGAUGCAACCCCAGACAGCAAUAGAAGUUGAUGUAAAGAUGCCCCCAGGUUGGUUGUUAUGCAUAAUCUCUGUAAAGCUCUCUUGGAUGUGAUACUACUUGGCAACCAAGUGAAAUAACCACUAGAUUGGUUGGGACGCAGGAUGGAGAAAUGCGCCACUGCCCAAUGAACUGAAAUGUUUUCAAGCAGAAUGAUGAACUUGAGGUGGUUACAACAGUUUAACUAGAAUAAGAAACCAAAUAUGAUGGUCAUAUGAAAGUAUGUUGUCUGGAACAACCCAAGAGAGCUUCGGAAUUUGAGUCAGUCAUACCUUUUCAGUUGUAUUCAGAAUAGUAAUUAGUGAAAGGAAACCACAAUUGGCUUGGCACAAAGUACAUCCACGGUAUGUAUAAAGAACAAGCUUUUGUUAUCACAGUUGCAUCUAUGCACUUGUAUAAAGCCAUAGAGUUUAACAGAUUUGCUUAUGAGCAUAUUAUAGGAAGCUGCAUCUGAAAGGAAUCUGGGAAAAUUGCAGUCCUUCAGGUUGAGGAAGUUUUGAGAAUGUUAUCAGUCAGAAAUACACAUUUUAUAAUGGGCAAGUCGUGAUUUUCAUUUCGUAUCAAAAUAACGCCUUAACAUUUUCUAAAUGUUUGCCCAUUCUGUUAAAUUGAAGUUUACUGAUGACUGUUAUAAUGGAAAUUAAAUGAAAGUUUAUUGUUAAGAAAAAUAGUGCACUAUUUUUACAUGUAACCAUUUGCAUUGGCCAAUUUUGAAUGUGUUUCUAUAAAAUUAUUGAAGAAAAUAUUCAUGUAUGGAAUAGUAAAAAGAGCUAGCUAAUGUACAACUGUUACUACCCUUUGAAAACUAAUUGUACAAGGAAUGACAUGGUAUUGGCCCUUUCAGUUAUAUUACUGUAAUAACAAAUUUAUGGGAUUUGUAAUCCAUUAGACUCACUAAGUGCUAUGAAACCUUAUUUGCCUUGGUUUGUGUACCAUUCUAGAUGUUUUAUUUUCAUUAUUAUUUCUUAAAAAAAGCAUCCGUGUCUGUUAUUUUUACUACAUUCUCACAGCACAUAUAUAAAAAUUUUUACAAACUCUCAAAUGAUUUAACUAAAGUCAUACUGUAGAUGUAUUUUAAAAGUUUGUAUAGAGUUCUCUAUUACUGUAGCUGUAGUGUAGACUCUAGCACGGUUGCAGUAGUUCAUAAUGAGGACUCGUGUGUAGCUGGAAAGCUGAGCCCUUGCAAAUGGGCCAUUCGUACAUAUAUAUUGUUUUACAUGCAAUCUUACAAAAUACAUAAUUUAUAUUGGCUUGGCCAUUUUGUAUUUAUAAAGGCUUUCAUCCUGAAAUGCAUGUUUUAUACAACUACAGUAUGCUGAAGAUAAUGUAAACAUAUUUGACAAUAAAACCAUUAUGUAGCCUUCCA